AUGUCCGAAAGCAUCAAAAGGAAUGCCAAAUCAUUUACACCUUAUAUUGCAAAACCUUCCGAUAUCCCUUCAGUUGAAGCAUCUAUUGAUCCUCUCAGAUAAUUUAGACCACUCAUAAAAGUUUAAACUUCAACAGACCCUUAGGUCUAAUAGAUGUCAACUGAUCAACCCUUUUAAACUAAUCUAUUUUACAAUACUCCAUUCACUCCAUUAGAUAUUUCAUCAAGAGUGUCAUUGGAUGGAACUAAUGAAUACUUGUUAAAUCACUAAAAAAUUGUAGGACCACUUGUAAAUAGUUCUCUUGAUAGUAAAUCAAUGUAAAAACAACUUGAUGUCUUGCAAUCUUAAAGUCGUUUUUUUGCUUCUAUGAUGCCAUUCUUCUAUAAUUCACCUAUUCAAUCUUGUUAUCCUUAUUUACAUUAGCAAUACCAAAAUGAAUUGCCACGCCAAUCAAAUAACAGUUUGGAUAAAUAGGUUAAAAUCAAUAAAACAAACAUAACCUAACCAUUCACAUUGAAUCCAUCCUCUUUAGAAUAACCAUAACAAAUCUAAUCUUAAAAGCAUUUCAACACAGAAUAGGAGAAGUGGUUAAGACAUGUUAGCUCAUGUGAAAGUCUGGUAAUUGAAGAAGAAGAAGACAGUAGUUAGAAAAAGCCAAAAGAGGUCAGAAAUGAAUAAAAAUUAGCAAAACGUAUAAGAAAGAGAAUCCCUGUUAAAGAAAGUUCAGAUUCAUUUAGAAUCAAUCGUAAGAAAAAGGGACCUAAGGUCAAUGAUACCAAGAAUAUAACUAAAAAUUUUUCAAAGGCUAUUAUAUCUUAUAUUUUAAACGAAAAAGAACUAAUUUAAAAAUUCAUGACUAAUGAAUAAUAUGAUAGUUUCAUUGCUUUAUUAAAGAAUAAAAAGAAUUAAAUGACCAAUAUCAAAUAGCUUAGAGAUCUAUGGGUAGACACAGGGAGGAAUCCUGAAUUUAAUAAGGUAUUUAGAAUUAUUAGGUAUUUUUAAAUGUAUAUAUAUAGUCAAUACUUUCUGAAAAGUUAGGCUGUUCCAUAUGUUUACAAUUCAAGAAUAUCAAACACAGCUUGGCAUCUCAAAUAUAGAUAAAACUUAUUAAGAGCAUUAAGAGAGCCUGAAAACUUUAAAUUUAUUAAAGAUAUUUGA